GGCGCGAGCGGCGCGCGCGGCGUUUGGUUUUUUUGAACAAACGCUGGUUCCUGCCCCAAAAUCCUCCCCUUCGGCCCGCCUGGGCCCGGAGCUCUGCGCUGCGCCUCGCCGCCGGGGAAGAUGCCGCCCUGCGGCGCUGCUGCGGCGUGUCGGUGACGGGGCGGGCCUCGGUGUGUUGCAGGUGCCGCCGCCCGGACGCCAUGAGGGAGGCGGAGAUCAGGAGGCUCCUGGCCGCCAACCUGCUCUGCGCCCUGGCCAUCGUCCUGGCCGCCGUGGCACCGGCUUUCUUCCUGGACGGGUUCAGCGUCCUGGGAACGCACCUCACGUGGCUGUGUGUCUGUUCUGUUUGUGUUGCUACCCUUAAUAUAGUCUUGCACUUAGUCCUUAAACCAAAUCAGUCUCCUAAGAGACGUUCCUUUGCUCACAAGAUAUCCAGAUUUCUAAAAUGCUGUAUAUACUUUUUCAUGUCUUGCAUACUAUUUCAUGCGAUUAUUGUUCUUUAUGGAGCACCUCUCAUAGAGUUAGUGACUGAGACAUUUUUGUUUGCAGUUCUUCUGUCCACAUUUACUACUUUACAAUGCUUGUGUUUGCUGGGACCAAACGUACAGGCAUGGAUACGGGUAUUUAGUAAAAAUGGAGCUAUGUCCAUAUGGGAAAGCAGUCUACAGAUUACUUCUGUGUGUAGUAUACUUGGAGCUUGGUUUGGAGCAUUUCCUAUUCCUCUUGACUGGGAUCGGCCUUGGCAGGUAUGGCCCAUUUCCUGUUCCCUCGGAGCUACCUUUGGCUAUAUGGCUGGUCUGAUUAUUGCACCUCUGUGGAUACACUGGAACCGGAAGCAGCUUACAUACAAAAGCAGAUAACUGGAGCAAAAAGAGACAAGGUAUUUCUUUGUGCAGAUUCCAUACAGACUGUGCAAAAGUUGGGGUUUUUUAAGAUAUAUAUAUAUAUAUAGUCAAAGCAGAAGACUGUCCAUAUUCAGUUAAAGUAUUUCAGGCCAAGCAUCUCCACUCAGUAAAAUCACAUAGAUGCUGUUUCAGCAUGGUGCAGUUUUUGCUUCCUCUAGACUGUGUAACCCUGAGAGAUUGUACCUUCCAGUCUGAAUAAAAUAUUUGUAACAGA